AUGCAAAAUAAGAGUUAUCCUUCUACCCAUUAUACAAAAUCUUCCCUGUCAAAGUAUAAGUUCUAUGAUUUAGAUAAUCUAUUCAUUAAUAAGUUAAACCAUAAAAGAGUUCAUUCACUAGAUGGCUGCAAAGAUUAUUCUGUAUAAAAGAAAUAAAUGAAUAAUAAUAUAUAACAAAUAUGAUGGAAAUAUCCAACUAUGAUGAAAGUCAAUAACCUACAAUGAAAAUAAUAUCAAAAUUUAGUUAAUAUGAUGAAUAUUUUUCAAUUUAAGAUCCAAUUAGAAUAAUUUCAGGAAGUGAUGUAUUUUCAAUAUUUAAAAGUAGUCUUAAUUUCCUUUUGUAGUCAAAUUUAAUGAAGAGAAAUUAUGUGAAAUUGAUGAUUAAUAUCAUCAAUAAAUUCCUGAAUUAAAUGAAUAAGUGGUUGUAUUAAUCACAUAGAAUCCUUCUUUAGCACUUAUUAAUUAUAUUGAAUCUAAAGCAUCCUAUUUUAUCAUUUAUUUAUCUACACCAAAUCCUGUUAUUCAAGAUUAUAUUUAAUAAAGAUCUAAAUAGUAUUCUAAGCCAGAAUUAAUAAUUGGAAAGGUUAAAGUCUUAAAUUAUUCUAGUUCUCAAUAAAAAAAAGUUUAUCAUUAGUAGAUUAAUAUAUAUUUAUGCCAGAUUACUCUACUGAGGGUAGAUAACAAGUAGUUGAUACUGUUUCUUAAUUAUUAAAAUUGAUACCAAACGAAAUUGAUAAAUUUACAUUCCUAAUAAAAUUAUAAGGCAAUCCAAUUUAAGAUAUAUUUUCAAUAAGUUCUUAAAUGAAUGAAGCUUUUAUAUAGAAAUAUGAAAGUGAAUUUUGGAUUAAUAAGAUUCUCAGACUAUCUUAAAAUAGAAAUGCCAUAGUGUUAAAAUAAAGGGAUUAGAAAAAGACAGGUUUUGAAAAAUCACAAUAUAUGAUGUUAAGCAAUAAUAUCAAUUAAAAAAAAGGAUUUAAUUUAACAGUAGAAAAUACAGAGUUAAUAAUGAAUCUAACAAAAUAUUAAUAAGGAAAUGUGAUUACUCAUGUUUUGAAAUGUUUAAUUUAUUAGAAAGGAAUUGAAGGAAGAAAUAAUAAUACUAUUGAUUAAGCUAAACUAUUUUGCACUUUAAUAUUUUUAAUUAAAGAAUUAAAGAGAUUUAGUCAAUAUGAUUAAGAGGAUUUUAUUAGUUUAAUGAAAAUAAUAUAGUAAUCAUCAUUGUUAUCUUGUUGUUUAUGCAUUAAUUUAAUGAAAUAAGAAGAUUUAAAAGAAUUGAGCCAAAUAAAAAUGCAUUACAAAAGAUUUUUAGAAAUCCUGAUUUGUAGUGGAAUUAUAACAAAUGAACAAGAUAGUUAUGUUUUGUAAUCAAUUUUCAAUAAAUGUUUGAAUUGUCCAAUUUAUGAUAUAUCCAUACCAAAAAGUGAACACUUAAAUUCUGGAGAGAACUAUACAUAAUAAUUAAUCUAAAAUGAGGAUAUUGGAGAUAAAAUCUAUUCAAUAGAUUAUGAUUUUGCAAAGUCUCCAAAAUCAUAUUAAAUAGUUCUUGGACUUUAAUAAGAUUUAAAUUAUAGUGAAUUGUAGAUUGAACCACAAAAACGAUUCCCUUAAUAAACAACUACAUCUAUUUCAAAUUCUUUAAAUGAAUGA